AUGGAAAACAAUAGAACAAGAAAACAUCCAGCGUACUUAAAAGACUUUAUUCUAUCAUCUUUUGACAUGCAGAAGGAUUUUGAUUCAGUUACAGAAGCUGGACUAGGAGAUAUAAUUAAUUCUGAAAACGUGGUUCAACGUCAGACAUCAACACCGAAAUCAGACGAAGCAAGUGCUAGCGUUCGUUCAAAAUUACCUUCAUCUACGAACAUUGUGAGUGAACUUGAUAAAACAAUUCAAGAAUUGACAAUACAAAACAAAAUUUUGGAACGUGAUUUGUUGGCGAAACAACACGAGCUCCUUGUAGCCAAGAAAACAUCCGGUGGUAAAUCUUCAAGAACUAAAACGAAGGACAAUGGUAAAAAAGUUAAAACAUUAAAGCUUCCAUCGCUUAAUGAGUUACGGGAUCAAGAUAAAGUUGGAAAACAGACUAAAGAGCUUACUCGACAGCUGCUUAAUCAAUCUUCGUCCUCUUCCGAUGAUUCUGAUUUUUCAAAUGAUAACGACGAGGAUAAGGACAAAGCUCAAAUCAAAGGUCUUAAGUCCAGAAGAGCAGUUUUGCAGAAAGAGGUCAAGCUUGCUAAGGGUGCAGCCUUUCGGCCUGGUACUUAUUCUAAUUUGAAGAGUCAACUCAAUGCAUACCAUAUUUUUUGUGUUUAUUAUAAAUUUCGACCAUUUCCUUGUAUUAAGGACAUAGUGUGUGCUUAUGCAUGUUUUCUAUCUAAGAGUUUAAGCAGUUUUUCAUCUGUUAAGAAUUAUAUUUCUGGCAUUAAGACCUGUAGUCAACUUUUUGGUUUUACUGUGGAACCUUUUUUAUCUACAGAAUUCAAAUUGACUUUAAGAGGAUUGAGUCAUAAGAAUCAGCAUGUGGCUGUGUCAAAAUUACCAUUGUUACCUACACAUUUAAUUGAUAUUGUUAGGUUGUUGAAUAUUUAUGAUUAUUUAGAUGCUUGUUUAUGGUGUUUUCUAACGUUUGCUUUUUUUGGUAUGCUUAGGGCGUCAAACCUGGUCAGCAGAAGCUCUACAUCUUUUAAUUCCCGUGAACAAUUGAUCAGAGAUAAUGUUGUUGUUAGUGAAAAGGGUAUUCUCCUUUUAUUGAAAUGGUCAAAGACUAGACAAAACCAUGAUUACACCCAUCAGGUUUCUCUGUGUUGCUCAGUUGAGCCUUCAAUAUGUCCUGUUCGAGCUUAUAAGCAUCUUGUGUCUUUAAUACCUGGUGAUAAGAAUGCUCCCGUUUUUGCUUUACCUGUUCAUGGUAAAUUAUUGCCCUUAUCUAGAUCCGUUUUGUUGAACCGUUUUAGAGAGUUAAUUGUUCUUGUUGGUUUAGACCCUUCAGUUUAUUCUUUUCAUUCGCUGAGACACGGAGGGGCUACUUUAGCCACCAAGGCUGGCAUUCCUGAGAUUUUAUUGAAACAUCACGGAGACUGGAGAUCUGAUUGUUUUCAGACUUACAUUAAACAAGCUAGUGUUGAUAUGUAUCGGGUCACGUCAGCUAUGAAUUAUUUGAUUGGUAGUUAGUUUUAGGGUAUUUUGCCGGUGUAUUAUUAUAUUCUUGAUUUGAUGUUGU